AUGGCUCGACCUCCGUUCAUGACACCAAUAAGAUCACCUAUAGAUGUUUCUCACUCACGUCAAGCUGUCAUUCGUCUUUCCGUUUCCUGGUCAACUUUUUACACCACAGACUCUUCCUAUUCAUUAACUUAUUCUGAUUCGAUUUCCUUAAAUGUUACCAUUGUUUUUACGCAGAUGCUGGCGCCAGGAAGAUUAUCAAUUCCCAAAAAGAAUUCGAAGAAUACGAAUUUGGGCAAUUCUUUUGAAACUGACAGAAAAAAUGCUAGGCGGAAUUUUCAGGUUCUUAACUCGAGCAAUAACUCUGGGGUCCAAAAUAUGACCGUUACACGGUUUCUAAAGAUUUUCACAUGGAGGAUAUUUAUGGCAGCAAUAUCCGGGAAUGAAUCCUAUACGAUGGCCGACGCCUUAGAAAAUCCAGAUGUUAACGAAAAUAAUUGCAAGACUCAUCAAAAUGAAGUGAAGAACAAAAAAAAAGAUUACUAUAUACCAGAAAAGAGCAUGAGUGCAAUGAAUCCAAUCCUGAAAAAUGAGUUUUUUGAACAAAGAAAUGAAAUCUCUUACGACCCUUUCCUCCUCAUUUCAAUAUUCUAUUGUGCUAUCGAUUGUCAAAAACUUGUGUUUAAACCCGUAUAG